CCUUUGCUCUACAAACUCAUCAAGCUUUCAAAUGGAAGGCAAUCUUACUCGCUUUGUACUAUUAUUGGCUCUGCUUACUCUCCAAUUAUGCAGUGCUGAUGCAUCUCCUAGCAGAUCCAACACUCAGUACAUAAGAACAUCGUGCAGCGUCACAACCUAUCCGAGGCUGUGCUACAACUCGCUCUCCAUCUACGCCGGAAAAAUCAAGACCAACCCGGAAGCACUAGCACACACUGCUCUUAACGUGACCAUUGCAGCUACCCAAGAAACAUCUGUGAUCAUGAGAAAGCUGUUGAAAAUCCACGGCUUGAAACCCAUAGAGGCUGCAGCAGCGCUCGACUGCGUGGAGGAGAUUGGUGACGCUGUUGACGAGCUCCAAAACUCGAUAGAUGAAUUGAGUCAUGUGGUUAGGGGAUCAAAUUUCUGGCUUCAAAUGAGUGAUAUCCAAACAUGGGUUAGUGCUGCAUUGACAGAUGAGGACACCUGCAUGGAUGGAUUUGAUGAACAUAAUAUGAGUGGAAGGGUGGAGAAUCUUGUCCGUAGGUACAUAGUGAAUGUUGCGCAUCUAACUAGCAAUGCUUUGGCGCUAAUCAACAGCUACGCCUCGGCCUCGACUGAAGCGUUGUUGCCGUAGAUUCUGUUUUGUUCUCAGGAAAGGAAUGGCGGAAACGGGUCACUUGGUACUCAAGAAAGAAAGAAAUAUCCGAAUAUUUGGUAUCUGAGAAAUUGCUUUUAGUUCGUGUGUGUGAGCGAGUGUUACAGUAAAGAAGCAAAACUCUUUAUUUUUUUUCUUAUGGUUGGGGUAUGGAAUAUGGAAAUGUAAAUACUGCACCUAGAUGAAUACGAAGCUGUAUUUAUUUACUAAAUUUAAUUGGAUUGGAAACUUAAAGGUCAUAAUUGGAUUGAAAAC